AUGGCUAUUUUACCAAACCUGGCCCAUCUCGGCCUCGUGGAAGAUACUGACUUGCACCGGAGAUGGAAUUUCGACCUUUCGGCACCCACUCUUAACGCACUUGGCAUCACAACCUUGCCACUGAAAACAUUCGAGAACGAUUAUGGAAUGCCAAAGCUACUAUCCCGUACCAAAGGCCUUGAAAUGUUGAUUACAGGUGGCCGUGGCCAAGUCCCUGAAAUACCAAAUCUCAGGGCCUUACAUAUCCGGGCACUCGAUGGGAAUUACAUAUCAACAAACAAUGCCUCCCCUAUAUUUGAAUCCUCGAGACACUUGACUACAUUCUCAUUCACAGCAACAGGGACCCCUCUCUCAAAGGUGAUUGAGUGUCUCGAUCAGCCGAGAUUUCAUGCAAGCCUGGAGUCGAUUCGUCUUGAUCUCCGUUGCCAUCGAGACUUGAAUGCUGCAUCGCAAGACAUCUUGAAGCUGAAGAUGUUCACAACGCUAAGGAAACUCUUUGUUCCUAUCGCCCCAAUCUAUAGCGCAAGUGAUAUUGAACUCCAACCUCAAUCACUCGUCUCUAUCCUCCCACCCAGCAUUGAAUACCUAACGCUUAUGGAGCAUGUCACGCCAACAGCAUGCGGCCUUUUGCACACAGAUCUACUUCGUCUCAUUGAGAAAAAGCCAACACUCUUUCCCGAAUUGAGGGAGAUCAUGAGCGACUCGGUUCAAGUGUGUGAUGAAGGUCUAAAGAAUGUGUUUUGGCAAGCUGGAGUCGCUCUCAUACAUCGAGAACUUCCUAGGAGUAAAUGGGAUUACACGGGGCAGCUAUUUUACGACUGCGAGUAUAGACCUUGGGACGCAUCGAGGGAAGGUUGCUACAUGGAAAUGCCUUUGCCUUGUGAGCUAUCGGAUGAGGACUUAUAG